GUUUCGGGACACCCGGAGAAAUCGACGAUCCAAGAUGAACAAGUCUAUCUUAUCGAUGUGUGCCGGGCCGCUGCUGCUCGCCUUGGCUGCCAAGGCCGGCCCCAACGACGACUACAACUCGCCUGCCACGACCCCGUCCCCGACCACCGAGAUCUACCCCGACUUGAGCGAAUCCUACGAGGCGGAGGUGACCCCGGAGCCGGUCAUGGACACCCCGGCGCCUUCACCCGACAUGGAGACCACGUCCGGGCCUACGGAGUACUACGUCGAGACGACGGAGGAUGGGGACAUGGAAAAGAUGCCGAUGUCGGACGGUGGGUCGGAGGAAGAGGAAGAGGAACCGCUGCCGAUGGAGAAUCCGCAGGACGGGAUGUCCUGCUCCACAUACGACGAGGAUGUGGAUGUGGCCAAUAUCCUCCCCGAGACUUGCGAAUGGAACACCUACAUGUGCUGCUGGACCGGCCACGACGGGUCCAAGGGCAUGUACGGCAACGCCGAUGUCUGCCGCGUGCUGGACUACCCUGAGGAGGGCGACGUCCUCGAACUGCCCCGUGACGAUGAAGGCCCUGUGUACUGCCACGGCUUCGCCUGGGCAGACGGCGCGGACAUCGACAGCCACAUCCUCCCCCUGUACCACUACGUGACGAACGUGAACCGCACCGACGACGGGGGGUACUACGGAAACGUCGAGGGAGUGCCUUCGUGUGGAUGUAUCGAGGAUAUGCCGGUCGUGUCCGAUGCGGCGUGCUCGAGGUUCGGAAGUGAAGGUAUUGAGCCGUGCGGGGCCAACAGUCUUCGUUCCCACUACAAGCACAGGCUGGGCGAGCCGAAGGGCGAGUUGGAAUACAACCUGGUCAGAGAGUGCGACAACGAGGACGUGCCCGACUUCGACUUCCGCACCUGCAACCAGAACACGUACAUGUGCUGCUGGACGGAGAACGACGGUCAGGGGAUGGCAGACAACACGGACGUGUGCCGAGUGAUCGACUACCCGUCGAUGGGCGAGACCACCGAGUACCCCGGAGAGAGCGAGGGAGAGGUGCACUGCCACGGGUUCGUGUGGCCGGAGGACGCCACCGACAAGUACAUCCACCUCCUGGCGCAGUUCGUGCAGCACUUUGACCACAGGGACAGGCGGGGCUACUUUGGAAACAUCGAGGGUGCCCCCAUGUGUGGCUGCAUCGAGGAAAUGCCGCAUGUUUCCGAGGCUGACUGUACGACGUACGACAACGAGCCGGGCCGAGAGGGCAAGUUCACGGCGUGCACCAAAAACGACCUUCGCACCCGUUACGAAGAGGAGUACCCUAUGGGCGAGCUGGACAACCUGGUCGGCGAGUGCGACAACGCGGAGGCUUGAUAGUGACACCGGCAUAUUGUUGGCCUGCUGUUUUUUUGCCUUUACGAUCACAUCCGACAGACGAGCCUUCUUAUAUUGCUGUCGCACGGCAUCUAGAUGACGGGGGGACUCCCAAUUGUGGGAACCUCGCGGUAGACGUUAUUUGUUUUACAUCAGUCCCAUUCCUAGGUUGUAGAUUCGUUCGUUUCACCGUGUGCACGUAUGAUGUAUUUUUAAGCUCAACUGCUUUCGAAGCCACGCACGCUCGAUUUCUUGGUGGCCAAAUCUUAGUUUUCUCGUGAAAUUUUGUAUGUCCGCACUAUGAUACAUGUUACCGUUGAUCGAACCGUUUUACGAACCGGACUCCUGGUAUUGGGGCGGGGAUCAGGUUUCGAGAUCCCGAGGUCUCUUCCUUGAUUGCCCGCACGAGGUACAUUGAUUAGAUUGUUUAUUGAAGUUCUUUGGCGUCAUGCCAUCACGCAUGUUCGAUGUGUGCCGGAAUCUACGCCAACCGAUAUUCAAUACCUAAGCUAUUUUUUAUUUGCUGCUCUUGUUUUUUUAGUGGCUAUGGAACAACUGCUUGGUCACGACAUUUCUGGUGAUUUUUCACUCCGGGCCCGCUGGUCUACCUUCGGAAGAGUUUCGCGAUAAUUUUUGAACGGGGGCGAGAGGCCUACUACAAGAUAUCCUUUUGUGUUGGGCUGCGGUAGUGAGCCGGCGCGAUGCAGCCGUGUCGUUCCUGCAACUCGGGUUUAUUGAGUACUGCAGCGAUGGCUUGUUGUGCAGACUCUUUCACAGGCCAUCCAUGUGUUUCUUCGACCUUAUUGAUGUUGAAACGUACAAGGAAGUUUCGCAGAGGAGAGAGAUUCGACAUUCAUUGCAGAAUACUA